AUGAGAGUGCACAACUUGACGACAAGUGACAACGUUGAGCUGGAAGACCUGAGUUUGAACAUGAAGUUUGCUUCGACAUUUGCUUUGUUUGCGGCGGUGACCUCCUUGGCUACUGUCUCUGUCCAUGCAGCUGAGACCUGCCAGGAGGUCUGGGCGCACGACGAAGAACUUGAUGUAUGUGCCAAAGAUGCCGGUGCUGACUACUGGGGCUGGACGAACGGAAGGUACGGGAUGUCGGGAUGUGCUGCUUGCGACUGCCCCGAUUGCCCGACGGAUCCACCGACACCCAGUGAUCCUCCUACCAAGGCUCCGACGCCCGACCCUAUUCCUCUUCCUCACGAGUGCUCCGGGAUCGUGGGGAGUUGGUCUGGAGACCCUCACUUCAAGACCUUUGACGGCCUCAAGUUUGAUUGCCAAGGUGAAGGAGAGUUCCAUGUCCUCAGGUCGCUUGACUCACCGUUUGAAGUUCAGGGAAGGUUUGUCAAGUUUAAGUCCGACAAACGCCCUACUGUGACCAAGAGCGUUGUUUGGGAGAGCGGGGAUGGUGAUCCCAAGCUGCAAGUGACUGCGCCGGAUACCCCCCAGAAUGGAAGUUGCCGUCCGCACGUCCAUGUAGGCGGUAUCCUCACGGAUGUCUUGCAGGAACAAUUUAUCCCCGGUUCGACAGUACAGGUGCAACUCGAAGAGAGAAAAAGCAAGAAGUUCGAAGGUUACGUCUUCUACCAUCACAACAGUGGUCUCCAGGUUACGAUCUUGGCCAAGAAUAGUUCUGCAAACGGUUGCGUGCUUUCUGCCAAGUAUUGUCUUCCGUACACUUGGCCAGUCAGCAAAGAAACUCUUGUGGGACUUCUUGGAGGAGUUCCUGACGGCGACAAGUCGAACGACUGGAUGGAUAGGAACAACAAUCCCGUGACAGUGCCAACAAACAAGAAGGACUUGAAGUUUGACAAAUCUUAUGACUACUGUGUUGAUAAUUGGUGUAUUCGAACGGUGGGUGAAUCCAUGUUCACCUAUGAAACAGGUGAAUCCUUUGAUGGUUUCAACGAAUGUGGCUUGGAGGCAGACCAGGAGACCAAGGCGUGCGUCGAUAAUCCUGGCGCUGAUUUGUCGAACGUUUGCGGAACGGAGGAUUUAUCUUGGUAG